UUUUCAUGCAAUCAGCUGAAUGAUUGGUUAGGAAAAGAAGGAUCGUGGGGUUCGACUAAGAGAAAAGUAGUCCAUGGAGAGAGAUUAAGAGGGAGAACACUCCACGUCAUACGGCCAGAGUUACGAGACUUUUUGUGGAAUGACAUUUCGAACGUGAAAGAAUUUCGAAAGUCAGUAAGGGAAAGUCAUCACAAAACAGCAACUAUUGGCUACGUUAGAAAAUCAAAAACAACCGAGAAGAAGGAAGCGGUUGAAAAAUCUAUCAAUUUGCAAGUAGCCAAAAUGAAAAAAAAGUUACUAUGCGAAGAUGUGUUUGCAAGUUGCAGGGCUAAUGCAGAUGAUAAAAUUGAUGACAGGGAUAUUAAAAGUACAAUUAUAUACAAAGUCUCGCAUGUCCGUGGCGACUGUCAAGACAUGUUGGAUUACAUAACCAUGUCCAACAGAACAGUCCGGCUGGUAGUCAUUGACUACGCGGGAUUGAGUACCAAUCCAGACGACUUAAAGGAGUUUGUGAGAAAACACAAGCAACUGAAAGAAAUUGCAGUCGAUGAAGGACAGAAGAUGACUGUUUUCUCUCGUCAUGAACUUUUAAAAGACGAGAAGUUACUUCAAAAGUUCAACUGUCGAAUCGGAAGCGUAAAGCGUUCUCUUUAGAUAGCUUACUCCCAUCUCCCCGUUUGUAUAUCAACCUAAAUAAAUUUUUAAAUGCUACGUAC